AUGCUCAAGCUGGCAUUUCUGCCCCGUCCCUGCUCUUCUCACUGGGUAUAUCGGCGCAGAACUCCACCCUCUGGAAUCCUAUCAUCACCGGAUUCUAUCAUCACCGGAUUUCAUCCGGAUCCGAGCUGCAUCUUUGUCCCUGAGCUCGAUGAUACCUGGUUCUGCGCGUCAUCAAGCUUCCUUGCUUUCCCGGGCCUACCGAUCCAUGCCAGUAGGGAUUUGGUAUACUGGAAGCAUUCCACCGGUGGUAUUUACGCGCCGACGCUGCGCUUUCGAGGGGGGAUCUUCUACCUCAUGACUACAUUAGUUAACCAGCAGCUACCACGCGUCAAUGAUUCCCGCUGGGACAACUCCCUCGUUACCACCGAAGAUCCGUAUAGUUCCGAGGCUUGGUCCGACCCAGUACACUUCUCCUUUCCGGGGUUCGACCCGAGCCCAUUUUGGGAUGAUGAUGGUACUACGUACGUCUCUGGCGCUCACACCGCGGCAUAUUGUCCCGGCAUAAUGCACGCACCUCUCGACCUUGAGACUGGCGAAAUUGGGAAUAUCCUUAUGCCAUGCCAUAGAAUGGAACGGGGGCGCGAUGGCUGGUACUAUAUGUUGGCAGCCGAAGGAGGAACCCGCGAGAACCACAUGGUGACCAUGGCGCGCUCCCGCAACCUGCAGGGUCCGUUCGAGCCAGCGCCAGCCAACCCGCUCCUCACGGCAGCCAAUGAUACAAGCACAUAUUUCCAAGCGGUGGGACAUGCUGAUUUGUUUCAGGACGCAAACGGGAGGUGGUGGGCCGUAGCCCUUGCAGUGCGCGCCGGCGGCUCCUACGGCGAGGCGCCGUAUUUCGCAAACUUCCCCCUGGGCCGCGAGACGGUACUCACGCCCGUGACAUGGGAGGAGGGCGGAUGGCCUGUCUUCACCCCUGUUUCUGGCGAAGUCUCAGGCUGGACGCUGCCCGCUGAAGAAAUCCCCGGGCAGGGUGAGGGCCAACUCAGCGAUGCUGACGACUCGGUUACAUUCCCACCCGGCAGCCCAUUGCCGAUCCAUUUCGUUCGCUGGCGACUGCCCACCGCGCGGAACUACGCCGUCUCGCCGCCUGGCCACUGGAAUACAUUAGCGCUGAAAUCAUCGGUGCUCAACCUGACGGGUUUCGACGGGGACUACGCGCUACGCCGCGGGCAGACUUUCGUCGGCCGGCGAAUGGCGCACUCGCUGUUCCGGUUCCGCAUCGACGUUGACUGGACAUCUUCGUUGACCAAGGAGGAGAUGGAAGUUGGGGUCUGGGCUAUUCAAGACCAGGCACAGCACUUUGACCUCGGCAUCGUAUUGCUCAAGCCCUCACAGGAGGAUAAUACGAGCAGCGCCUCGAGCGAGGCCUACCCGCUGCUGGACACACACUUUGCAUUUUCGGCUGGGCCAGCAGGGAAGGAGACAGAGAUACGGGUCUUUGGCUACUGUCGAGGAGACGAACUGGUGCCAUAUUACUCGGGCCUCGUCCUUGGAGUCUACGCUACUUCUAACGGCAGGCAUGGCGAACGGGCGUCUGAGACGUAUGUAUCUAACUGGCAGUACACGGGCCUCCGGCAGUUUAGAUCCCAAGAAGAUGUUGACGAUGCGGAUCGUGAGGCAUGA